AUGUCCGAGAUUUCGGAUCCAGAAUCCUCCAUGCACGAUCGACAGCUCUUUCGUGAAGAACUACUGACAUGGGCUAACACGCUCAACGAAGGAUCUGUUCUCGACAGCUCUCGUAUGAAAAUUGCAGCAGAACUGGACGAGAUGGUCAAAGACAUAGAGGUACUUGGAGCCCCUCCUCCACUUGGAUCUCUGCUAGCCGAAGAUUUUGAUCUGAUUGAUCGGAGCUCUGAAGACGAAGAUCUCGAUUGUCAUGAAGGCUUUGAGCUGAUUGAUCCCCUUGCCGAAGCAGACUUUGGCCGUCUGUGUUCCAAAGAUGGCACCGUCAGGGACACCCUCUCCUGGGCUGGGGACCUGCUCAGAAGAGGACAAGCACCGGCUUCUGAUAUUGCUAUCAUUCUGGAGAUGCUCGCUCUCCAUGUUGGGAGGCUUCGGUUCGCUCGAGUAUCUGAUGGUGUUGUUGUAGAUCCAUAUGCGGAUAAGAUGGAUGAUUUGGCAGGAGCACAGCACAAGUCGAACCACAGCUACGGAAACGGAUAUCUUCAGGCGAUAUGGAAUCGCCUCUACAAUUGCAUGGACUGUAAUUGCGACAAGUGUAGCCUGAUGUCGCGUUGA